AUGAGAAACCGGCCGUUAAUCCCAAAUCACAAUGGCGAGCUCGGAUAUUAUUCCUGUGAAGGCCGGUCAUUAUUUUCCUCUGUCUAUUCCUCCACCCACGACAUGGCUCGUGUCAAGCCCGAGGCUCCUAUUGUCAACAAUUCAGGCGAGCAUAUUCACCCAGCCAACCGUCGCCGAAAUAAGCAUAUUCGGAUGAGAAAUCACUAA